CUUGUGUCACAACGACGCCUCGAGGCCACACACCCCUUCGGCUCGAAAAAAUGGCGGCGGCGGAGGGGCUGGCGGCGUACCGGGCGGUGUUGCGGGCGGCGCGGCGGACGUUCUCAGGCGACCAGCUGAUGCUGACGGAGUCAGCGGUGGAGAUCCGGCGCCGCUUCGAGGAUCACCGCGGCCUCGCCCCGGGAUCGGAGGACGCCGUCCGCGCCCUCUCCGAGGCCCGCGAGGCUGCGGACUUCAUCGCCAACAUGAUCGUCCAGGCCAAGCGCUCACCCUCCGGAUCCUUCGUUGUGAAGCCUGAGAAGGCCCAUGCUGGAGCUACGCUUGAGAUUCCUUCCGAGGAGAUCCUGUCUAAGUUGAAAUAGGGGAGGUUUGCAUUAUCCGCUGUGCAAGUGUCGCAGAGACUCACCAUGUGUAGGCUAGUUAAAUAAGACCAUUUCCCGCCGUUUGUCUGUCAGUCAUAGUAGCGGUCAACAACAUAGCAGCACUUGUAUUUCUUUUUCAAGCACAAGUCAUCGUGUUUGCCUGCUCUGUCUCGAGAACAAUUCCUCGCUGCCCCUAAGUCACGCUUAUCCAGGCUAGUCACUGGAACCAUAAAGUUUUUCCUUAAUGAAUUGGUACGGAUUUUUGGA